GAGAGAGAAAAGACUUCCUGCUUGAGUAUGGCGACAAAUUCGGCACCAGACGCGUUCUACGUGCGCUAUUACUCUGGCCACUCCGGUCGCUUCGGUCACGAGUUCCUGGAAUUCGAUUUCCGAGUUGUUGGAGAUGGGCGCUCUGCUGUCGCACGAUACGCAAACAACUCGAAUUACCGCAACGACUCGCUCAUCCGGAAGGAGAUGUGCGUAAGCACUCUCCUUGUACAAGAGAUCAAGCGCAUCAUCAAGGACAGUGAAAUCAUGAAGGAAGACGACACCAAAUGGCCACAGAAGAACAAGGACGGCAGACAGGAACUUGAGAUUCGUCUCGGCGGCGAGCACAUCUCAUUCGAGACCGCAAAGAUUGGCUCUCUAGUGGACGUGAACGAGUCCGAAGAUCCAGAGGGUCUGAGAGUCUUCUACUACCUGGUUCAGGAUCUCAAGGCGUUGGUGUUCUCACUCAUAUCGCUUCACUUCAAGAUCAAGCCGAUCUGAGAAGACGUAGCAUGCGAUCAUGCAGCUUGGGAGGCCACCAAGAACACAG